CCCCCUACGGAAAACAUCUCGCUGGUGGAGUUUGAGAGCUUUGCCAUCGACCGCCUGAAGCUGCUCAAAGUAGUUGAAAACCUUGGUGUGAGCUAUGCAAGAAGUAGUGAUUUAUACAAAACUAAGUUGGAGAGUGAGCUCCGGAAACUUAAGUUUCCAUACAAAGCCUUGGCUGAAGAUGAUUAUGAGGCCAGAAGAAAAGAUCAUAUCUCUCAUUUCAUUCUGCGUCUUGCUUAUUGUCAGUC